AUGCUCCUGGCGUCUCCCUCCACCCCGUCCCGGGGACGGACGCCCAGCGCCGUUGAGAGGCUGGAGGCCGACAAAGCCAAGUAUGUCAAGACGCACCAGGUGAUCGCGCGACGCCAGGAGCCGGCUCUGCGUGGGGGUCCCGGGCCGCUCACCCCGCACCCUUGCAACGAGCUGGGGCCCCCUCCAUCGCCCAGGACGCCCAGGCCCGCCCGCCGGGGCAGUGGCAGGCGACUGCCAAGGCCUGAUUCCCUCAUCUUCUACCGCCAGAAGCGGGACUGCAAGGCUUCGGUGAACAAAGAGAACGCCAAGGGCCAGGGGCUGGUGCGGCGCCUCUUCCUGGGCAGCCCCCGAGACGUCGCCUCUAGCAGCUCAGGCUCAUCGGAGCGACCCGCGGCUCCCGGGGGUUGGGCCGCGCCCCAAGAUGCCCCGGAAGCGGCGGGAAAGCGGGCAUUGUGCCCCACGUGCUCGCUGCCCCUGUCGGAGAAGGAGCGCUUCUUCAACUACUGCGGCCUAGAGCGCGCGCUCGUGGAGGUGCUGGGGGCCGAGCGCUUCUCUCCGCAGAGCUGGGGCGCAGACGCCAGCCCCCAGCCCGGAAAGUCGCCGCCGCCGGGCUCCGGGGACGCCAGCGACUGGACGUCCAGCGAGUGCGGCGCAGAUCGCCGGGACGGUGCUGAGGGCGGCGGCUCGGAGGCUGCGGGCUCGGAGCGGGACGGGCGCCCCCAGGUGUCGGUGGUGGAGCGCAACGCGCGCGUCAUCCAGUGGCUGUACGGCUGCCAGCGCGCCCGCGGGCCACCGCGCGAGUCCGAGGUGUGA